AUGAACAACGAACGAACACCUUCGAAAAGUAACGGCAAGAUUUCAUCAUUGCUCAAUGAUGAUGAGCAUCACCCAGCCACCAACGGUCAAAACAAGGAGAUAACAACGACCAACAGCAAUGGAAAAGCAUCUCCAAGAAUCAAAAAGGAAAUCAACAUUUUUAAAUCCCCUAAAGAUGUCACCCCAAAAUCUAACAUUACUUCAAAUGUCAACUCCAAAAAUACCAAGAAAACUACUUCAAAGACCGCAACCGCUCCGAAAGUCAAACCUGACAAAAAUCCACGUAAGAGACCUCUUUCACCUUCGGAUUCAGAAGGAGGUAGAGAAGCCUCACAAGAACCCGAAAAAUGCCAUCAUCCUAAACAUGAUGAAUACACUCAGGAUAUUCUUCCUCCAGUCAACAAACGAGCUAAGCUCGAUAAGCCACCAAAAUUGGUUGGCAUGCCUAAGCGAUUAGAAGGUGUAUUGAAUAUAGAUCGUGGUACUAAAAUGUGUAGUCGAUGUAUCAAUCAAACGGAUAGAGAUCCACAGUAUACUUCUCACAAGAAAUAUGUCUCUCGUAAAUCCGUUUACAAGAAAAACGAACGUGCAAGGCUCAAAAUCGACAUGAACGGCGCAACCGAAUAA